AUGGAAGAGGGCUGUGGGAGCGAAAAGACGACAGAGCUGUCAAACACCAACAACCGUCAGAAAUAGUAUCCCGGGCAGUACGAAACACAUAGGGGAGCUUUUCUAUGCGAACACGGACAACUUUUCUGUCAGAAUUUAACUGUAUUGGAACUUGCACUUUUCCAUCGUCGCGACUGAAAACUUCUUCUUGUGUGUGUUAGUAGUAGUAGUCUCAUGCUAAUGUCUGUCACCGUUAGCUCUUGGCUUGGGUCGAGUUUGUUGACAAACUAGCCUCUCGGCUAGUCGCGGAGCUAGCUGCUGCAAACUUUGUCGCUCUGUUGUUACCCUCUCUGGUUUGCGAUAAAUACUUUAUGACACAAGUAUGGGAACCAACUGUUUUUGCACACGUCGCUUUGAAACGAAAGCAGGUCUCCAAGGAUUUACCACACAUUUGUCAAAUAUGUGAAGUCCCCCUCAUCCUGGUGGACUCUACUUACAAUCAGUGAGGAACUGGUCCAGUGGGAAACGGGUUAGUUACCGGGAGUGCUCUAAGGAAAAGCCAGAGUCUAUGCGUGUGACAUAUUCCCACUCAGGACACAAACUAAGUCAAUUCUGUGCUGUCGUGGAACGAUUGGCACCAUUAAAACUGUCUAGUCCUCUUGUCAUGUUGGAGCAUUACAGACAAAAGCUCAUAUCACCCUCACUGGUAUCACCAUCUUUCACAUCACCAUGGAUCGGAAUAAAAGAAAUUCCAUUGCUGGGUUCCCUACACGACCUGAACGCCUCAAUGAGGACAGAGAUACUGUCGGAGGGGUAGGGGUGUGCGAGGUGGGCAUGGGCCCGACACCACAGGUGGGCAGGGUGUGGCCAUCAUCCUACAGAGCCCUUAUUAGUGCCUUCUCUCGUCUGACACGCCUUGAUGACUUCACCUGUGAGUGGAUUGGCUCUGGAUUCUUCUCUGAUGUCUUUAAGGUACAUCAUCGCGUGUCCGACCAAGUUAUGGCUCUGAAAAUGAACAAGCUCAGUAGCAACAGAGCCAACAUGCUGAGAGAGGUUCAACUCAUGAACCGGCUUUCACAUCCAAAUAUACUCAGGUUCAAGGGAGUGUGUGUCCACGAGGGCCAGCUUCAUGCUCUGACGGAGUACAUCAAUGGUGGAAACCUGGAGCAGCUUCUUGACAGCAACAUACACCUGAGUUGGCCCACCAGGGUGAAAAUGGCCUAUGAGAUUGCCUGCGGUCUGGCCUACCUGCACUCAAAAGGUGUAUUCCACCGAGACCUCACCUCCAAGAACUGCCUCAUCAAAUGUGACGACAACAGCUACACAGCAGUGGUCGGAGACUUUGGCCUGGCAGAAAAGAUCCCCACAACUGUUGCAGAACGGGAGAAGCUCUCCGUUGUUGGUUCUCCUUUCUGGAUGGCUCCAGAGGUGCUCAGAAAUGAACCAUACAAUGAGAAGGCUGAUGUCUUCUCUUAUGGAAUAGUCGUGUGUGAGAUUAUCGCAAGAGUCCAGGCAGACCCAGACUUUCUACCCCGCACAGAGAACUUUGGCUUGGACUACCACACGUUCCAGCACAUGGUUGGAGACUGUCCACCUGACUUCCUCCAGCUGGCUUUCAACUGCUGCAAUAUGGAUCCUAAACUACGUCCGUCCUUCACAGAAAUUGUCAGGUACCUGGAGGAGACUCUCGCACACCUUAAAGUUGAAGAGAUGGAGCAUGAGUGUGUUCCACUUAGCGGGGACAACGACAAGAAGACCACAGCUAAAGGUGAGAAAAUCCAAGGCUUCAAGCGAAUUAACCCUCUUGGUCUCCCGGACGACAAGAUCCCACCAAAAUCACCCCGUCCCCGGAGAAACAUCUGGCUCAGCCGCAGCCAAUCAGACUUCUUCUCCUGCAAGCACAUGAGAAAAGUCAACAUCCAGGACCCGUACUAUGACCCCCCCAACACUCAGCGAGCCUGCAAAGCCCACAAGAUCAACCCGUUCACCGCCCGAGAGGACCUGUGUGGGGGCAAGAUCAAGUUUUACGACGUGCCCAGCAAGUCUGUCUUCUCAUUGGUGUUUGACCUCCACUCUCCACCGGGGAGUGCGUUCAGUAACCAGCCAUCUGCUUAUGGAGCUGCGGGAGCUUCACAGGAGGCAUCUUUCUACUGGCAACAGCUGCCAGGAAGACAGUGUCACUCCUUACCAGUGUCUCCUCAACUGCCCCGCUGCGAGGUCUUCAACCCUACUACUACUACUACUACUACUACUGCUGCUGCUGCUGCUGCUGCUGCUGCUGCUGCUGCUGCUGCCAUUAGCUCCAACAAUAAUGGCACUCCUACCUAUAACUCCAACCAGGUGUCCACAACACUGCCAGUGAUGAACUCCAGGUCUGACGUCGGCGCGACUGGAAAUGACAUGCAGCAGAAACUGUUGGUCAGUGGCUGGGCAAAGAAAUACGUUGUGGUUGAGAUCCCACCUUACUGCAAGCAGAGAGGAGGAGAAGGAGAGGAGGAUAAAGAAGAGGUACAAGGUAGGAAGGAGGACUUGUCUGGGGAGAGCUGGACUCUAACGACACCCAGCAGAGUGAGAGACAGUGGGGAGGCAAUGGACUGCUCCUGCAGCCGGGAGGAAGAGGAGGAACAAGGAACAGGGACAGAGACAGACACUGGUCUAAUGUAAAAGUUUUGGUGGGGACAAAGGCUGGGGGCUCUGUCUCCUCACUGUGAGGACGUGGACAAGGUUUUAUGGACAGGCUGGACACAUUUCAAACUUUUGAAAGAGUGGACCAUAAAAAAGAAAUGGAAAAGUACUUGAUUUGAUCCCUCAAGUGAAAGUAUAAUGUUUUUCAAGCGCUCAGGUGUGAAAGACUCACAUAAAAGCUUGUAUCACCACAGCAGACACUCAGAGUAGAGAUUAUUUUUGUUAAAAGGUUGUUUAUAUUUACUACUGUGAGGUGAUGUAGAUUGUUUUAUCCUUAAAAGUUUUGUAUAUUAGACAUCUUGUCUAUAAGAAGGGUAAUGAGCCCCUUGUGUUGUGUUUGUGCAAGUGUUUUGAUACCUUUCUUUUGUGCUUUGUUGGUCUAAUGCUAAAACUGAAUCAAAAAUCAGAGAUGAUUUAUUAUAAAUGUGGGCCCGAUGGUCAAGGUAAAAUAUUUAACUCUCCCAACUCCCAGGUUUAAAUACAUUUUAAAUUUGGUAAAUACUUGAUGAAACAGCGGACCAUUUCUUUUGGUCGUAAAUUAGCCAAUUUAACAAUCAAAGCACAAUAUACAGCAGUACUGUUGUAAAGAUGUGAUAUCCAGAAUAUUUUUGUAUUUAAAGUGGCUGUAUGAAUCAAAAAUCAACGUUUUUUACCAGUUUUAAGUUUUUAAAAAUGGUUCCCUCUUCAUGCUCAAUGAAUGCAAAAAUAUCCAUGAUUCUUUGUGAAUGAAAUGAAAUGAAAUGAAAUGAAAUACACUAUAACGCCAAAAUAAGUUAACUCUUGAAACUUUGAUCCUUGUUACAGAUGAAAAAUUUAAUUCAUAAAGCGAGGGAUCCGCUAUAGCCUUACUUGGUCUGAUUUUAUUUAUUCUUUUUUAUGAUGGUGAACCAUUAGCUCUUCCUGUGUAACUGUCAUUUUGUUUGUCUUCUUAUUGCGACCAUUAAAUGAGACUGUGUGCCUCAUAAACCCUUCCAUCACUUAGGAAUGAGGUAAGAGGCUUCAGUGUGCUGCCAUGUUGUCAUGCCCACUUUUGGCCACAGUGAGCCACUGUUCUGCAGAUUAUAUGCACAUUAAUGUGGGAGCUCAAUCUCUUGUGAAUGAUUGAGUGAAGAACUGUUGUGAUCUCAUUGUUUUCACAUGGUUUUUGUGCUCAGAUGAUUGUAUGCCACGGCUUUUCUGAUGUCACUACAGUGCGCACUUCAUCACAUGACCUGCCUUGCACAUGUGGUUAAAAUGAGGCCAGUCGAUGAGUGUAAGAUUUUUAAGAAUAUCUUGUUAACUAAUUCCACUAGUUUAAAAAUUCCAACGACACACAUUCAAUCUGAAAAUGUCACACAUUAUUUGUAUAUAAUACAUUUACAUUUCAGGUAUUAAUAAUCUCUCCUUGACAAAAUAUAACUCAAAUUCAAGAGUAAAAAAGAAGAUCGUGCAUAUUUCCUUGACAACUGAAUAUCCCUCACCUUAAAAGAGUGUUGGAGAACAUAUGUAGCCUUCACUUAACAUCUUAAGAUGUUUGCUUUGUCCAUUAUGGUCUAUUGUAAGCACAUGGUGAUCUAAAAUGGCCUGAUUUUGAGAUAAAAGGUCAAAUAACUAUUCAGGUGAUUAUACACUUUAAUUUCUGCCAAAUUAAAAUAAUUCCACCUUAACUUUCCAACUGGACCUGAUACUGUGAACAUUCUCUUAUCUGGUUUGUGUCAUUAGUAAUUUGGCCCCUGUGAACUCGAGCUGAUUAUGUAAAACACAAAAAUGAAAUGAGUGUUAAGACUUCCUGUUUGAUUGUCACUGUUUCUGUCACUUCCUGUGAUUCACAGAUGUGGAAGAGGUGAGAUUUCUGACACAGAUGAGGCUUAAAGCUUAAACUUAAAACUUAAAAAAAGCACUUGUGAGGGUUUUGUUUAACAUCGGAACCACGUCAAACGUUGUCAUUGUUGGUCUGAAUGUGUCCAGUGUACAAGUGACUGAUGUGAAAUGGAUUUCCUCUCGGCGAUGUACCAUGUUGGUCUCUGCUCGAGCACUUGUUGAUGUACGAUCUCAGCCUGACCACUACAACAGGAACUUAAAGGCACUUGUUGUGAUUUCACAACUACUUGUCACUUCUUUUUCUAUGCAACAAAUGUAUCAUGUAUCACAGUGUUCUACAGGAUAUAAGAUCUAAUUUGA